CAGAGAAAUACAGCAUGGACAUAUCUCCCUUUGUGAGGAAAAAUAUAAAUGAAGAUGAUGCUUUAUUUAAAUAUGAACCUCCUUUUGGAUUUCACAAGUUCUUUGAUACACUUAAAGAUCUCCUUGAACUCUUACCUGAGCAUGAUUUACCAGAAGAUUUGAAGUCAAAGCACUGUAAGCGUUGUGUUGUUGUUGGCAAUGGUGGAAUUCUUCAUGGAUCAGAGCUGGGUCACUUAUUGAAUCAGUUUGAUGUUGUUAUAAGGUAUGCAUUUUCCAUUUAAGGACUCCAACUAGUUCAUCAUUAUUUUAUGAACCAACAUAGUUUUUUAAGGGGAAAAUCUCUCAACAUCAAUGAAACCUACAAGACUUUCUGAAAGUACUUUUGAGAAAUUUACUUGUGACUUGGUGGAAUUUAAAGUCUUAGGUGCAAAAUAAAUUGUCAUGUUUAAAAGAAAGGAAUUCAGUGUAAUUAUUUGUGGACUUCAGGUACAAAACUCACAUGGGCAGAAACUAGAUAGAAGCUAGUGACAUCAUAGACAGGUAGACAGUACUGGGUUUAUUCUUUCACAUUUUGAAGCUUUCAAAUCUUAAACAUCAGGACGUAAGGACUCACCUCGGCUUUUUUCCCCAUGGCUAGUUUGAAUGCUUAUUCAAAAGAUUUUUUUAUAACAGCUAUUUCAAACACAAUAAAAUUUAAUUGGUGUUUCAGUACACAGUUUGCUUACACACUUUAUAACACACUUAUAUUCCCUUAUCUUUACGAGGCCAGUGACUGCUUCUAUGAUUGCCUUGAUUUCUGACAUCUGAAUUACAUGCUCUGUAUUUAUGCCUUCUGAAAAGUAUAAUUUAAACCUUGUUUUGAAUCAUGUGAAGUCACAAAUAUCACAAUACAAGCAUUUUCUCAACUUGUUCCUCUUAAGGGAAUAUUUGAGUCAAUAGCCCUUAUUGAAAGGUAAACAAACCUGUUAGCAUGUGGAGGGGCAAAGAACUUGUAUUAGCUGUCCUCUGAAUUUAGGGCUGCUAGAUUAAGGUGAUUUUUCUGUUGAUGUGGAGAAGUUUGCAGGACUUGAGCUCUUCUGCAGAACUCAUGGAGGGAGAUGAUGCCAUUUUUGUCAGCAGUGUGCCAGCAUCUGUUUUUGCUGAACAGGAGAUGAUAUAAACCCACAGGAUGAAUUACAUUGCAUUGGAGGGAUAAUUUGUAUGACUUCUUGAAUACUUGUUAAAUGAUGCACCAGUUCAAGGUUACACGGAUCAUGUUGGUAACAAAACAACAAUACGGAUGACUUACCCCGAAGGAGCCCCCUUUUCUGAACAUGAGUAUCCUCCUGCAAGCUUGUUUGUGGCUGUUCUGUUUAAAAGAGUUGAUUUCAACUGGCUUCAAGCCAUAGUAAAAAAUGAAACCUUGCCUCUAUGGGUGCGACUCUUUUUUUGGAAGGAGGUUGCUGAGAAAAUUCCUUUCACAUCAAAGCAAUUUCGGAUUCUGAAUCCAGUCAUUAUCAAAGAGACAGCUUUUGACAUUUUACAGUUCCCUGAGCCUCGAUCAAAAUUCUGGGGUUGGGAUAAGAAUGUACCUACAAUUGGGGUCAUAGCAGUUGUUCUGGCCACACAUUUAUGUGAUGAAGUGAGCAUAGCAGGAUUUGGAUAUAACCUGGAUCAGCCCAGCACACCUUUGCACUAUUACAACAACCUCUGCAUGGCUGCCAUGAAAGAACAAUUUAUGCACAAUGUGACAAGUGAAACAAAAUUCCUGCAAAAACUGAUCAAAGAAAAAGUUGUCAAAGACCUCACUGGAGGGAUACACUGUGAAUUCUGCAGCAAAGACAGCUAGUGACUGACUUGCAGCAUGGACAGAUUUGUUACAUUUCCAGAGGUUCAGCUGGAUCAACCCUUUCCCUCUCUUUAGUUCUAUAAAGUGUACAUGAAAUGGAUGUGGAGUCCCUGCUGCCUUUUUUAAUGUUGUGUUCAAGUUGUUGGACUUUUAAAUUAAUUUCCCUGUCAGAUUUUACUUUGCACAUUUCUGUGAAUAGCUGUGUAAAUAUGACUUGGAGUUGAAAGACAUCCAUUUAAAGUAUUUAAUGUUUUAAGUUGUCUGAAUAAAAGCAGGUUUUUUGUUUUCAAAUGUAUAUGGAACGCACAUAGCUGGCCUGAAUUGUCUAACAGUGUACAAGAGUUAUUUUCCCCGGAUCUGCUGUCUUUGUUGAUCCAGUUCUUGGUAUCUUGACUCCUUUUCAUGCAUGCCAUGAAAAGAAAGGCAUAUACUUCUCAAGUCUUUCAUGUCUUGAACUUGAGCAUUGCAUUUACUCCUCAAAUAUUUAUAUUAUUUUGCUAAUAACAUUUUUUGGGGGGUGAAGGACAAACAUAGAAGUGGAGUUGAAGGAAAAGGAAUUGUUGUGGCAACAACUGAGUAGUAAGUACUUUGAUGUUCAUGAUUGGUAUUAAAACCAUUGAUGUAUUGGGUUAGAAUCCUGCAUUGUGAAGCACAUUUGGGCCCAGGGGACUCUGGAAAAGGAUUUAUCCAGGAGGAGGCUUUAACCCAAAGCAGGUCAUUUGCCAUUUCCAUUCCUGAAGUCCCACCUAAAUGUCUCCAACUAGAUUAUUUGCAGCAGGAUUCAGCUAUCCCAAUUAAAGAAGUGGCAUUAAUACAAAAUCUGCCCCUUUUUUAAAAAUUAUUUUUUGAGUGACUUGAGCAUUGCUGCUUCUAUAAAACACUAGUUUGUAUCAAUCAUUUAGCAAUACUUAAAUGUAUGACUAGAUUACAAUCUCCACUGGUUAGUUUUAUGAUCCUUAAGUAAUGAAUUAUGGACAUUGUUAACUUAAUAGUUUGCAAUGCUGAUAACCCUUGUGAAAUCCAGUAUUGACUUAAAUAGUUAGUUGGAGAAGUAGAGUUGUUGGUUUUCCCCCAAGUCAGUAAUUGGGUGAGUGUAUAAGUUAAGAAAAAAAUCACUUUAAGAAAGUAGCAUAAUCCAAUAAAAAGGUGGAUAACUGCUGAUAACAGCAAAUGUAAUAAACCAAAAGAGAAAAUAAAGCUCUAGAUGUAUGUUCUUGGUGGUGGAAGUCAGUGCAUUGCAAAAGCACUGGGCAGUGCAGAUCUGUAAACAAGGUUUUUAUGUUUAAUAUUUUUGUUACUAGUAGAGUAUCAGGUAUGACUGUUUGCACUGAGGAGUGGUGUUACUGAAUCUACAGUAUGUGAAAAAAGCUUCCUUUGGGAGUGAAAACUUGUCAGCAAAUCAAUCAAAUGUUGGCCUAGAAACAUUGUUCAUAGUCAUGGACUCUUCACAUGGUGAAUGUUCCCACUUUUCUUUGUUAUGGACAAGGAUAUGAAUGAAAUUGUAGUUCCAAAUUUUAUACUUAUGGAAAAUGCAAGAUUAGGGUGGUUGUGUUUUGGGUUUUUAUUCCCUGGAGAGAAGAUCUAAUUAAUGAUAAUAGAAUGCAGGAGCAGCAGAGUGAUGCUCAGUGUUAUACUAAGAGGCAAUAAAAGGACGUGAGAUAAUGAAACAUAAUUGAAGAAAGUUGUGCACUUCAUCUUUCUGAAAUCACAUGUGUCUAUUAAAUUCAGUUGUGGGAGCUUGAACAAAUUUAAAAAUCAGGAAUUCUUGUUUCUGGCACUGUGUUCAUAGCAAUAAUAUUAAUAUAGCCUCCUCCUCCAUGAAAAAUAUCAAUUUUUAUACUAGCAAUAAAUUUCUAGUCUGGGUUUUUUUUUGUAAGUAUAUUAUAUUAUUUAAUUAAAAAUAUUUCAUGUGUGAAGAUAAUUAUUCAAAUAGUCCUUUAGUUAAUAUAUUAAAAUGUGGUAAGUAUUCUCUCCUGGUAUUUAAACUGGAAGCAGAAUACCUUAAUUUCAUUUAGUAUUUAUGAAAUUUUGGAAGAUUUCAGAAUGUGUGUGUUGGGAGGAUGUCUUGAAUGCACUAGAAGUCUGUGUUUCUGAGCACCUGGUCCCUCACCACUUAAUUUUGUUCAGCAACUUCAAAAUAAUCAGUUGAUUAAUGUAAAUGCCAAUAGCUUUUUGGAGAUGCUGUAUUUACUGUCAAAUUUGCAAAUUGUAGAUUUCCUACCUGUAUCAUGGCUUCUGGUAAAACCUUGUUGUCUGUGGUAGUCUUUGCAGACUUGACACUCUGUGAAAUGGCAGCAAAAAGCAAUAAACUGAUGAAACCACUUUCUACUGA